CAUCGUCAAGACAGCGCUCGAGGACAGCCUCGGAAAAGAGGAAAACCGAGGCGAUUCUCCAGCGGGUCUCGCAGAUUGUGGAGCUGCUAAAACACAUUAGUCUACUAACUAACCAGCAGAAGACAACAUGAGGAUUUCUGGCAUCUUCAUUCUCCCUGUUACUCUCACCAUUUUUCUUAUUCACCAUUCCACUGCACAGAGUGACACAGAGCUUGUGGUAACAACUAGAUUAGGUCGCGUCCAGGGUAUAACACAGUAUCUUCCAGACAAAGGCACUGUUGUUGCCUUUCUGGGUAUUCCUUUUGGUGAACCUCCUGUGGGAAGAAAGCGUUUUAAGCCAGCUGAACCUAAAAAGCCCUGGAAUGAUGUGUUUAAGGCCAUAGAGUAUUCAAAUGCUUGCUACCAGUUUGUGGACACCUCAUUUCCUGGCUUUCCUGGCACUGAAAUGUGGAACCCCAAUAGAGUUAUGAGCGAGGAUUGCUUAUACCUGAAUGUUUGGGUUCCAGCUUCCCCUCGGCCACACAAUCUCCCAGUCAUGGUCUGGAUAUAUGGUGGUGGCUUCUACAGUGGUUCCUCUUCGUUGGAUGUCUACGAUGGCCGUUAUCUAGCUCAUUAUGAGAAGGUUGUGGUGGUCUCCAUGAACUAUCGUGUGGGUGCUUUUGGGUUCCUUGCACUUAAUGGCUCCUCUGAGGCUCCUGGAAAUGUAGGACUGUUGGACCAGAGAAUGGCACUUCAGUGGGUGCAGGACAACAUUCAGUUUUUUGGUGGCAAUCCCAAUCUGGUGACCAUUUUUGGGGAGAGUGCUGGUGGAGCUUCAGUGGGGAUCCAUCUUCUUUCUCCAGAGAGUCGCCCUAAAUUCACCCGAGCAAUCUUGCAAAGCGGUGUGCCAAAUUGCCCAUGGGCCACAGUCAGCUUUGAAGAGGCUCGUAGGAGAGCCACCAAGCUGGGAAAGUUUGUGGGCUGCCCUGAUGGUAACGAUACUGAGCUGAUUGAAUGUCUUAGAAAUAAAGAACCACAGGAACUUAUCGAUCAUGAGUUUCAGGUUCUUCCAUUCAGCAGCCUGUUUCGUUUUUCCUUUGUUCCUGUGGUGGAUGGUGUGGUGCUCCCAGACACUCCUGAGGCCAUGCUCAACUCUGGCGACUUCAAGCACACUGAAAUCCUUUUAGGUGUGAAUCAGGAUGAAGGAUCAUAUUUCUUGAUAUACGGUGCACCAGGUUUCAGCAAAGACAAUGAAAGCCUAAUCUCAAGAGAAGACUUCCUGCAAGGUGUGAAGAUGAGUGUUCCUCAUGCCAAUGAGAUUGGACUAGAGGCAGUUAUACUUCAGUACACAGACUGGAUGGAUGAGGACAACCGUACGAAGAACCGCGAUGCCCUGGAUGACAUUGUGGGUGACCAUAAUGUAAUCUGCCCUCUGCAGCACUUUGCAAAGAGUUAUGCUCAAUACAGUAGUAACACAGCAGGGAACAGAAAUUCUCAAGUUACUGUGUACCUUUACCUGUUUGACCACCAAGCCUCUAACCUGGCCUGGCCUAAAUGGAUGGGUGUGAUACAUGGCUAUGAGAUUGAAUUUGUGUUUGGCCUGCCCCUGGAAAAAAGGUUGAACUACACUGCAGAUGAGGAAAAACUCAGUCGACGUAUGAUGAAGUACUGGGCUAACUUUGCCCGGACGGGUAAUCCAGGUAACAAUGUUGAUGGUACCAUAGACCCUCGUCGACGAUGGCCUCCCUUCACAGCUUCAGAACAGAAGCAUGUGGGUCUCAACACAGAACCAAUAAAGGUGCACAAAGGGCUGAAAACACAGCACUGUCCCCUGUGGAAUCGAUUUUUGCCUCGCCUGCUCAACAUUACUGACAACAUUGAUGAUGCUGAGCGACAGUGGAAGGCAGAGUUCCACCGCUGGAGCUCCUACAUGAUGCACUGGAAGAGCCAAUUUGACCAUUACAGCAAGCAAGAGCGUUGUACAGACCUCUAAAAGGCAAAGGGAGUAAAUAGCAUGGUGACCAUAGUCUCUAGAGCCCCUUGACAGAAUGUCAGUUGUUCUCUGAGCUACUGUAGAUAACACCCAUUAUUGAUGGGUUCCUCUGGGUAGGAAAAUGUUGAAUUUGGGCCUAUUAGUACUCAAUAGUAUUAUUUUUUUUGACACGUGAUGCAUUGUGUACAUUGUUUGGUAUUUUUUUAAACUAUUACUUUAAGUAGUUUUUAUUUGACUGAGAUGCAUGAAGAGACAUUUAUGAGUUAUGGUCAUCAGAGUAGUUUAGGAGGGAAAGUUUGAAAAGUGUGAUAUUACCACUGAUAAUUGUACUCGUUCUUGGAAACCCUGAUUCACUCUGGUUCUCUGGAUCUCACUUUAUCCCACUUUUAUUUCACUUUAGUUUUUCCCCUUUGAUCUGCUUAGUCUGUAAUUGCUGUUUGACCAUUUGUGCAUUUGUCGGUAUUUCUUUUCCAUCCUGACUGUUUUGUUUUGGAUCUUCAAAUCUUGUUGUGUGCUUCAGUAGCCUGUGGUUGUGCAAUGGUCUGCUGUUUUACUGUGGGUCUAGAUCAAUUUUUUUAACAUAUACAUGGUACUCAUGAGCCAUUUUAGUCCAUUGUCUGUCUGUUUACUGGCACCAGUUUGUACUUGCUUGCAGAAGUGUGUGUGUGUGUGUGUGUGUGUGUGUACAUGAUUUCAAUGUGUUUCAUUCAGAUUGUUAAACACAUUGCAUGCAUAUUUGUGCUUACAGCAUGAUCCUCCUUGAUAUGUGUUUUGUACAGCUGUGCAAACUAAAAAGGGACUGUUAGUGUGUGUGUGUGUGUGUGUGUGUGUGUAAGCGUACACCGUGUUUAGCACCUCCAUGGGUCAGUAUUCACUAUGUCUUGUCUAUAUGUAGCCUGCAACUCGUGAAUGUCACCCCUACUUUCAUUACAUUUGUCGGGGCAUUGCGUGCUUAUGUGCACAUCCUAAAGAGAAAGGUUUGUAACUACUGUGUGAUGUCUGUGUGCCAAAGAGUCAAUACUUUUCUUUUCCUAACUGGCUCCGCUCCCAGUAGGAAAGAAUUUUCAUUACGGUAAUGGAAGGAGAGUAAUUUAGUUAGUGCUUGUUUAAAAUGCCAGCCUGCUGUGUCAGCCAUCUUAACCCCAGCCCCACCAUCACUCACCUGAUGCACUGGGUACAUGAUGGAAAACAGUACAUAGAGGGAAAUGUUUAGAGCAAAGACAUUCACAGGAGCCCACUAGAGUCUGUUUUUUUGUUAAGGCUCAUAUUUUAGCAUGUGUUAUUGUUGCAUGAUUGCACUUAUUAUUUUUGUUGGUUUAUAUUAGGUUUAAUAGUUGUUUCUUUAUAUACUGUAUUUAUUUAUAUUUUACGACUGCUUUUUAUGUUCAGAUCUAGAUAUGAUUUUUGUAAUGACGUGAAUGUACCGGUUUUACUUUGUUUUCGUUUUAGUUUUUGUAGGUAUUUGUAUAUUUAUUAGGAGUGCAUGUUUGUAUGUUUUUCCAGUCACACCACUGAUUUACACACAUUAUUUCAGUAUUAUUUAUUUUCACAUUGUUUAACACUGUGAAAGGGACAUUGACAAGUGCUGUGUCCUUCAGCAAGCAUUAUCAUUACACAUUACCUCCAGAGUUGACCAGAGUAGUGUAUUUUAGCUUUAAAACAUAAUAUAUAUCAAAUAUAUAUAUAAAUUAAGUGCUGUCUUAAAUUAUUUACGCAAAUGAUAGGAAGGAGAAGUAAGUGUGUGCAUGUGUCUACAGAGUGGUUGGGGCUUAUGCUUGUCUGUGGCUCUGAGUAACCACUGUCCUUUUACCUCUUAAUCAAUAAAAGCUUCUCUUUAUCUCCGUUGUAAAGUAAAAUGUCCUGUGCAUGUCCUAAAGCUUCUCCCCCACUGUGUUCUGUACUCCAAAAAUGACUGUUAUCCCUUGUAAAACUAAGCCACUGCUGAUGUAUAUUAUUAUUAUUAUUAUUAUUACAGUUGUAGUACUGUUAAAAAAUGAAACCUGAUAUUUGCAAUAAUAUGAUAUAUUUGCAUAAUGAAUACUAACUUAAUUUGUAGUAAAGAUAAUUUGAGGAUAAUGGCAACUAACAUUGAUAUUGGCUGUUUUGGUGGUACUGUAGUGUUCUGUCAGUAACCAAUGCAUUAAUAUUGUUAUACGUUACCACUGUAACUAGUAUGGUAACAGCAUUGGGCAUCUACUCUGCAUGGUAUUUGCCUAUGCUCUUGCCCUCUCAGGGCACUCUAUUUAAAGUCCACUGAUAAAAUCUCAUUAAACUGAGUAACUGAAA